UCCCUCGUUAGCGCAGCGUUCGCCAUGAUUGUUGCGCUGGCAGGAGGAGGCAAUGGACUUGCCGUCGAGCGCCAGGACGAUUUGCACUGGGUGACAACAUGGACGAGCAUGCCUCAGCUCGUUGAACAGAAUAACAUGCCGCCAUCGCCAUUUAGCUCCGGUUCCGCCAUGCGAGAUGCUACUCUCAGACAAACCUUUCACGUGUCCGUGGGCGCGCCGAAGAUCAAAAUCGCCAUCUCCAACACCUUUGGCGGUUCCGACCUUCCCAUCACUGCUGGCUCAGUUGGGCUUCCAACUGGGGCCGUCGCGGGAGUCAGCGGCAUUCAAGCGUCACCUCUGGCGGCUAUCACGGUGGGCGGGAAGACUAGCUUCACAGUCCCCAAGGGGCAAGUUGUUGUGAGCGACGAGAUUGAUUUCGAAAUGAAGCCUCAGAGUAUGAUCAGUGUAAGCUUGUAUAGCCAGCAGGGGCAGAGCGGGAGCAGCAUUACAGGACAUCCUGGAAGUAGGACGACUAGCUGGUUUGUGUCUGGGAACAAGGUCAAUGCGACAAGUUUUAGCGGCACGCAGUCCGUACAUUGGUAUUUCGUCAGUGCUGUUCACGCACUGGUUCCCAAGGAUACUCGCUCUCUCAUCAUUUUGGGUGACAGCAUCACCGACGGUCGAGGCAGCGACGAUAAUAAAAACAACCGCUGGCCCGAUCUUGUCCUUGCUCGCCUCCAAUCCUCAAACCACACCAACAUCGCCGUCUGCAACCAAGCCGCGGGGGGCAACCGUGUCCUCAAGGAGGGUCUGGGUCCAUCACUUAUCUCCCGCUACCAGAGGGAUGCUAUCAACCAACCGGGUGUCAAAUACGUUAUGAUAUUCGAAGGCGUCAACGACAUCGGUAACGAUGCCACCUCGACUCAGGCACAGACAGCCGUUGGCGACGCCCUCAUCCGCGCCUUCACGCAAAUCACCUCCGACGCAAAGAAAGCUGGCUUGAUCACCAUUGGUGCAACGAUUACGCCUUUUGGUGCUCCAAGCCCCGCACAGCAGGGCUAUAGCGACAGGAACCGCGAGGCGACGAGGCAGCGUGUGAACAAGUGGAUCCUGGAGAGUAAGAGCUUUGAACAUGUUGUCGACUUUUCGAAGAUGAUUGAAAGUAAGUCGACACCUGGGCAGAUUGACAGCAAGUUCCAUGGCGGAGACUAUCUGCAUCCGAAUGCUGCCGGAUAUAAGACGAUGGCGGACGGGUUUCCGCUGGAGAUUUUCAAGUCCUGAAGGAUGGCGUAGCAGUCAAGAGUAAGAGGCACAUAGAGCCUGUAACAGAAAUAUUGUACACCGUACAAGUUAAGUAAGUCCAAUAUGGCCUCACAGGAUGCAACAGAAAAAGAACUUGCAUUCAUCGCGCCUUCACCUCUCUAGUAGUGGCUCUGGCAACCGCAAUGUGCUUGAAGACCUCCC